AUGGGUUCACUUGGGGCGCCCCGCGAUCCAACAGCUCAACUGGACACUGUUUGCCCAUUGGCUGACUCGCUUUACAACUCCACUCGUCUGUCAACCUCACUCGUGAGCCAGGCAGCGAGUGAGUUGGGGUUACUGCUGACAGUAUUGGCUUCUACAAAGACGAAUGCGGUGCUAUGUACGGAAACGCCGCUGAUAACUGGCUUACCGGAGAUCUUGGAGUGUUGUCGUGCGGUCCUAUUGGAUCUACAGACUGUUUCGUCGUGCCCUGGUGGAGCCGGGUCUCAGCUGCAGAUUACCGAGAUUCGAUCGCGGCUUGGGUCGAUUAUCUUUGAGCUUAGUAUGAUGAAUGCCAAUAUGGCUAUAUCAUCGCAGAAUAAUGUUAAUAAGGCGAUGAGGAGCUUCAUUGAUGAUAUCCAUGCUGGCAAGCGAGAUGCGUUGCUCGUUCUUAAUGCUCUUGAUUUGGGACCAUCUCGCUCUCCAACGGAUGAGGCAUGGCAGAAUCUGCAGCAUGAACUAGUCGAUGUUGGCAUUGCUCCGGAAUUAUCACAUCAAGAUCAUGACUUUAUCAUCAGCGUCCUUGACAAGGCUGUCAAAGAUGAGAAUCUCUUACAGAGCAGGCAGGCAGCACACAUCAGGGACACACCACGAUCACCAAGAGAUCAAGCACCAAGGAAUCCUUUCCCGAGAAAUGCUGCACCAACAAAUCAUUAUCAUGAAGUACAUAUUAUGAGUGACACAGACAAAAUAGCUCUACCACGGGGACUCUCGGACUUACCCAUCUCUGUCACGUCAGAGAUGCAAGCGGACGCCGAUAAACAAGUCCUACAAGAAGAAUUUCCCGAACCAGUACUGUCAGCAACAUACAGCCCAGGCCACGACACAAAUGACGAGAAUUUCUGCGAGAAUUUUCCUAUGCCCCUAGAAGCUGAGCCAGGAAGCUCAACCACUCUUUCAGGAACCUACUCAGAUGCUAGUUCAUCUAGGGGAAGUUCCUCAUAUCCGAAUAUUGUCCGAACCAAGAAGCCUAACAUCAUGCGGAAGAUGAAAUUCAAGUUCACGACCAGCAAGGACGAAUUCAUCGCUAUAGUAAAACAGGGCGGACUGUACGCUGUCCAGAGCGCCCUUAAUAAAGGCGCCGAUGUGAAUACGAGGGAUUCACACGGUCAGACAGCCUUGAUGGUUGCUAUUUUGUUUUCACAAGAGCACAUUGUCGAUUUAUUAUUGGAAUAUGAUGCGAAUACAGCAUUGAUGUCUGCGAAGGGAGACUCUGCGUUGAGUAUUGCUGCUUCGAGGGGCGCUGAAAGGAUUGUCCGGACGUUGCUAGUUCGUGGAGCGGCAGUUGAUGGACGCAAGAACUUAGGGAACAAGGCACUAUCUCAGGCUGCCGAAUGGGGACAUGAGAAUGUUGUUCGAUUGUUGUUUAAUGCAGGUGCGGAUAUCAACGGGCUUUCUCACACGGGGGACACUGCGCUUUCGCAAGCCGCUAUGAAUGGCCAUCUGGAUAUUGUUCGGUUCUUGUUGGAUAAUGGGGCACUGCCGGAUCAUACUGCCUACCCACGGAAGACGGCUCUUUAUAAAGCUGUUGAGCAGGAUAGGCCUGAGGUGGUGAGGGUGCUAUUGCAGCAUGGAGCGGACCCUAAUCUUCCGGAGUCUAUUCGAGCCUGGACACCGUUGACGUUGGCUGCUAUGCAUGGAAGAACGGAGAUGCUUGCUAUGCUCAAUUACGGGACGGGGCUUACACCCUACCAAUACAAAUACUGA